CUCCAAAAACUGUGCGCCAGGAAUUCUAAAACAAGAACUUACGACUCGGUUACACACUUGCAGCGCCAUUUUCGAUCACCCACCCACCAUCUCCUUAAACAAACCUCAUCGAUUGGCUCAAUAUAAUGUUCUCCAGCUACUUGCCACCCGCGGUGCCUUGGGCAGAAACACAUUAGUCGUGGAGAUGAGAGAAUGAAUUAUUUCACGUACACUUCAGCGCUAACCUUAUUAACGGGCUAGACACUCACACGCUCUUCUAUUGGUUGGAGCGCAAAAGCUCGAUAGUGGAAAGCUUAUAUCAAAUCAAACACACACACUCUUACACGCAAGAUGGAUAAUUAAACACUUUUUGAUGUGUUGCUGCGAAAGUUACCGCAACAUGCGAUACAGGCGGAGCUGGAGUGUAGAACAAGAAAUCCCAGACAGGAAAAGUUUUGACAUUUCGCUUGGCUCCGGUUUGUUUUGCCUCCAAAGGCGCGAGAUAACCUUUUCCCGAGCGGUUGGGUGUUGUUCCCCGAGAUUUGCCAGGGGCUUAUCAGCACGGUGCACACUUCGCUAAUCAGUCUGGUCGGUGAGUUCCUGUGGGAUAGUUGCUGAAAAACCAUUCCCCAACGGUGAUGUUCCGCACGCGUUUGAUUCUGAUUUGUUUUUUGGCAACACUGCUUGCUGGACAGCAUGCAACCUGCAAGCCGUUGCAGUUUGUGUGCUCCAGCCAAUCGUCACCGGCGGCGGGCUGUCUGCUGACUGGCAUCACCAUCCGUCCGGAAGAUAUCAUUACCAGUCCACCGGGCAUUCGACCGGGCACGGAUCGCAAAGUAACACUCCACCAGUCGACGGUGGCCCAUCUGCCGCCCACCCUGUUCGAGCAGUUCCCCCAGCUGGAGCAACUGAACGCGUCCUCCAUCGCGCUGCAAACCAUCCCGCCCGGUUGCUUCGACAAAGCGACCAAGCUAGCCCGCCUGGACCUUUCCUACAAUCGACUGCAGAGCCUGCCCCCGCAGGCACUGCACAAGCAGACCGCCCUCGAGCAGCUCCACCUGCAGAACAAUUCCCUGCCGACCUUCGACGCCGCCAUCCUGCCCGAAACCGCUCCCCUGAGAACGCUCAACCUCUCCGGCAACGGGCUGACCGAGGUGCGCUGGGACCCGCUCAACAAACUGCGCUCGCUCGAAACGCUCGACGUCAGCAGCAAUCGUCUCGCCACGCUCUACGUUACCAAGUCGAUGCGUGUGCUACGGGCGGGCAACAAUCGGGCCCGCACGCUGCAAACCGAUGCGAACAAUUUCCUCUUCACGCUGGAACAGCUCGACCUCAGCCGGAACGAGUUCACCGAGCUGGCCGCCGUCGCACGCUUCGCCAAGGUGACGCACCUGGACGCAUCGUACAACCGGCUGGAAGCGUUCGAUUUCGCUCUCGUGCGCAAUAUGCGCUCCCUGGUGGCGUUGAAUCUGGCGCACAAUCGGCUCUUUACCGUGCAGACCACCGGCGGUUCACCGCCGACCGCACCCGGGACGCUCGAGGUGGUCGACCUGUCGAACAACUUCCUGACCGUGCUACCCUCGGGCAAUGCGAGCGGUGUGUCCUCCGCCCGCACGCUGCACCUCGAGGGCAAUGGGCUGGUGAAUCUGGAGCUGCACGAAAAUGCGCUCUACUGGCCGCGGCUCAAAUCGAUCACGCUCGGGGACAACGAUUGGCACUGCGAGUUCGGGGAGCGGAUCUCGGCCAUUCUGGCGAAGCGUUCGAUUGCGGCCGGCGGUGACGGGGAGCGCUGUGGCAGGGAUGGGCAGGUGAAGAAGGGACGGUUUUGCUGUGCGGUGCUCAAGAAUCCCUACCUGGAUCGGUUGAUAAGGGCGCGCAAAGAGCUGGAGCUGGGUAGGGUGGCGAUGCGGGAUGGGUUGGCGGUGGGUGCGAUUGAGGCAGGUCCACCGGCGGGCGAUGUGCACAAGCUGACGGACCAGCUGCGCAAAGCGCUGAUGGUGGUGAGCCAUCUGAGGACGGAGAAAGCGGAGCUAGAGCAACGGAACCAAGCGCUCGCAAAGGAGCUGGAGCAGGAGAAGGCCAAGAGUAAAAGCCUUCAGGAGGUGGCGGCGGCGGCGGCGGCAGCGAGCAGACAGUCGGCAGGGACGGCCGUUCUGGCGAAGGAGAAGGCCGAUCUUCAGGCGGCACUGGCCAAAGCGCAGAGCGAGAUGACCGGGCUGAGGGCGCAGCUGACCAAGUGCACCUCGACCGUGAACACGCGCACCGGACAAACGGUCAUUAUUCAGUAGAGUUUGAACUUUUGCGCACAUCUUUUGGAGCCUUUUUUAAAGUUAUAUAGAUGUCAGUAGGAAUAAAUUCACUUUUAGACAUUCGGACGGCAACUUAGGGCAGACAUGAUAAGCCAAAUCCA